GUGUACGCAGAUUGCCGCCACGGCUGUUAUGUUUCUACGAUGAGUACGGAUUUGUAAUUUUAAUUAUAAAAAUUGUGAGACUUAAGUGCUGUUUAGCAUUGAAAUUAAAAGGUAUAUGUAAGCAUAUGAAUGACUAUGGAUCCCAAAAUUGAUAUAGAAUUAUCAAUGGACACAACGGAUAAAACUGACCAGGAUUCAUCCAUAGAAAAUGAAGAGAAAACUAAAAGUUCAAUUAAUCAAAAUAAAGAAAUAAAUAUUAAUACAGAAGAAACACCGCAAGAUUCAUCUAUUCUCAAGGACAAAGUAAUUGUUGAUACAUGUCAAACGAAUGAAAAAGCGAUUAGUACAGAAAAUGAAGUACAACAAAGAUUAUCUGAAGGGAAUUCAGAAAGUAUAGAAGUAUCAAAUACCAAAUCGUCGGAAGAAAAUAUUUCGAAGAGCAAUUUACAUGAUAGCAACAUAAAUGUUACAUCGACAGAUUGUAAUGACAUACAAUCGGAAAGUUUACAUACAGAUGUCCCAAAAACUGAUUUGCAGGAAGAAAGUACAGGAACAACAUUGACAACAUCUAGCAUUGUGGAAAAAAAUGACACGGUUAAUUUGUUAAGUAGUUCAAAUACAGUAGAAUGUAUAGAAUCGGAGGCAGAUUCAAAAAAUGUAGUAGAAGAACCGGAAACGCAAAGUUCAAAGAGUAUCAGUACAGACGAUACGUGCAAUUUAAACUUAACAGGGAAAGAAAUUGAUGGCAAUGUUGUAAACGAUUUUCAACCAGACAAAGUGCAAUUGCUUAUCGAUGAAAGAGAUCAUUCAAAUAAUAAGAAGACUGACUCGGAAGGAAUAUCGGAAGGUUGUGAUAAAGAUAUGUCAGAAAAGAAUAUAGUGGAACCAGAAAAUACAGAGUUUGUACAGUUCUCUCAAGAGAAACAUGGUGAUGCACAAAUUGAAAAUCAGUCCAUCGACGCGGAAGAUCCUUUUGGCGGUGAUACUCUUAAUGCUGAAAAUGUUGAACCAAUGGACACAGAUGAUCUCAAUGAAACUGAUGUAGGUUUUUCUAAAUUAUGUAGCCAGGCCGACAAUCUACAAGAUGUCGUGAAUGCAAGGGAGAGCAAUUUUAGUAGUAAUAAAAAAGAUAACAAAGAAAACAAAGAUGUUUCUAUCAAUACAGUAGAGCCUUUAAAUGCGAUAGAAAAUGUUGAUAAGAAUUGUAGCGACAGUACAGCAGAGGUAGAAGAAAAUAAAAAUUUAAAUAAAACAGAAGUUGCAGGAUCAACUGAAAAGUGUAGUGAUAGUAUAGAAAAACCUCUUGAUGAAAUAACACCAAUAGAUACUGAAGAACAGUCUACCGUGUUACCAGGACAAGAUGAUGAAUUGUGUAUUAUCCCAGAUAGUAUGAAAGUAAUAAUUCCUGGACAAACAGAAAAGUCAAACUCUAAUAAUAACAAAUCUUUGCCAGAAAUUAAUUGCGAACAUGAUAAAGUUAUACAAAGUUGUCAAGAUAAUGAAUUAGAUAUCAAUACUAAUAAGGAAAUAAAAGAAAUAAAAGAAAUACAAAUUGGAGAUGAAAGUAGUUCAAAAGAUAUUGAAAAUGUUCAAAAGGAAAAAGAUUCGGUUAAUAAUGUUUCGCUUACAACUACAGAUGUUAUUAAUAUAGAUGAAGAGUCAAAAAAUUCUGAAAUUGAAGAAAUCACAACUAAAGAAAUUUGUAAACAAUGUAACGAGGAAAGGUCAUGCAAAAUAAAAGUAAAAAUUGGUUUUGAUAAUUAUAAUGUUUGUUCCAAAACUUGUAAGGCGUUGUUCAAAGCUGCCAAUAAUAGGGCUGUGGAUAUACCCAGCGAUGGAGUAAAUUCUAAAAGAGAAAAACGUUGCGCAAACUGUUUGUUAAUUGUCGAACUCGGCGAUGAACGUAAUCUCUCUUGGGAAACGAUGGAGUUCUGUAACGAAGAAUGUUUAGGCAAAUUUCAAACAAAAUAUGGGAGUUAUUGUAGAAAUUGCAAUGGUUCGGUACAGGCAGUGAGCUUAGGCAAAUAUUGUGUAAGGUUUGGCUAUGAUGUUAGACAAUUUUGUUGUUCCACGUGUUUAGAAGAGUUCAAGAAAGGACUGAAAGUAUGUACAUACUGUCAGAAAGAUAUAAGUUCUAGUACAGAAGGUUUCCUUGCACCGGUCGGUGAUAAAGGACAAUUUAAGGAUUUCUGUACACAAGAAUGUAUGGAAAAAUAUUCAAAAAUGAGUUCUGUCGAGCCCCCAAACAUGGAAAAAAAAUGUUGCAGUGUUUGCCAAGAAGAGAAGGUUGUUCACUGUGAAGUUCAAGUUGAUAGAUUUGGUCCGGUAGCUAUUUGCAGCGAACCAUGUUUUGCAGCAUUUAAAUUUGUAAAAAAAGUUGAUCCUGAUCAAUGUUCCACCUGCAAGAAAUUUUUUGAAUUACCUCAUAAAAAAAGUUCUGUUGUGUUUUAUGAAAACGAGGCUCAUACAUUUUGUUCUAAAACAUGUUUAAAUAUAUUUAUUAUUACAAAUAGGAAAAUUGUCCCUUGUAAUUGGUGUAAGGUAAAAAAGUAUAAUUUUGACAUGAUAAAAAAGGAAUUGAAGUCUGGUCAAGUGAUGAUGAUGUGCAGCUUAAAUUGUUUAACACUGUACCAGGUCUCGAUAAAUGCGGUCUCGGCUAAACGGAUAAAUUGUGACUUUUGUAGAGAGUUCUCUCAAGCACAGUAUCAUUUAACAAUGUCAGAUGCAACGAUACGAAACUUUUGUUCGUAUAAUUGUGUAAUGAAUUUUCAAGCUCAGUAUACUAAAUCACCGAUCACGAUACCGGCAGGCGAUGAUCCUGUACCUACUGGUAUGCCUAAAAGGACGAUACCUCAUAGAAGCACGAAUUCAAACAAUCAGAAAGUUAGUGAUAUACAGAAUAAAAAGACUAUGCCAGUUAUAUCUUCUGUAACAAGUUUAGCCGCAAUAGGGAAUGGACAAUCCAGUCCGACGACGCAACAAAACAGUGUAAAUAACAUGGUAAUACCUUCGGUUGCUAUCAGCCAAAAUCAGGCACCACAAGUAAUUUAUAAGCAACACAUUAUAACGAGGCCACCGAGUCCGAUCCAAAUUCACAAUAAAACUACACAGUGCAAACCGGCGAUGCACACGAAAGGUGUUUCUGUGCGUCCGCAUCCUUGUACAAAAGCCACGCAAACGGAUGAAGUUCAACAUGCGGUUGUUCCGAUACCGGUUCCAAUUUAUGUCCCGUAUCCAAUGCACAUGUAUAGUAUGCCUUUUCCAGUCCCAUUACCAUUUCCAUUACCAAUUCCUGUCCCUAUUUUUAUACCCACAACAAGAAAUAGUGCUAAGGGGAUAUUUAAAGAUAUUAAAAGAAUACAGGAAAAAAUACCAGCAGAUCCAUUCGAAGCUGAACUUCUUAUGAUGGCAGAAAUGGUAGCAACCGAAAAAAAGGCUAAUGAGAGUGAUUCGGAUUCCGCGGACGAUAGAGACGAAGAUGCUGGUGACCGUGAUCAUACGCACAGUGGAGGUUUUAGCCCGGAAGGAGUUGAUUCCAGUAACACGUUUGGUGACGAUAUGUUACAAAUGGCUCUAAAAAUGGCAACUGGGGAAUUAGACGAGCCAGCUGUUGAUUUAGAAGCUGCUUUAACUCCAAAUACAAUUACCGCUACGCAAACGUCAGCACAAUCCGACACAACUAUGGAAAAUGAUGUUCAAUCAGAACGAUUGAUCGUUGCUUCUCGUGGUAGAAAACGAAUUGUUCCGUAUAAGCCACGGUCGACUCCAAACAAACGAGGAAGACGUAUAUCUACUGCGAACGAUAUGCCUUUGAUGCCACCACCCGAGCCUCAACCACCACCUCAACCUAGAAUUAUAGAGCCCAUAGAAAAACCAGACGCUAAUAUGGCACUCAAAUAUACUUUCGGAGUAAACGCGUGGAGACAAUGGGUAGUCGCGAAAAACGCUGAACUAGAGAAACAAAAUACAUCGAUGAGGAAAAUAAAGUUAUUUAAAACGGAUCUCCUACAGCUCACAGCAGACGAAUUAAAUUACUCGUUAUGUCUGUUUGUGAAAGAAGUUAGAAAACCAAAUGGCACAGAGUACGCUCCUGAUACGAUAUAUUAUCUUUGCUUAGGCAUACAGCAGUAUUUAUUCGAGAAUAAUAGAAUAGACAACAUUUUUACGGAUAUGUAUUAUGAAAAAUUUACAGACUGUUUAAACGAAGUUGCGAAAAAGUUUUCUGUUCUUUAUAACGAUGCGCAAUAUAUUGUUACGAGAGUCGAAGAGGAACAUUUAUGGGAGUGUAAACAAUUAGGUGCUCAUUCUCCUCAUGUCCUUUUAAGUACUCUUAUGUUUUUUAACACCAAACAUUUUAAUCUUGUGACGGUGGAAGAGCAUAUGCAGUUAUCGUUUUCUCAUAUCAUGAAACAUUGGAAACGUAAUCCUGCUGCACAACCUACUGCGACAACGGGAAAAGUUCCAGGAUCUCGAAACGUCCUUCUUCGUUUCUAUCCGCCGCAAUCGGCACUGGAAGGCAAUUCACGUAAAAAGAAGGUAUACGAGCAACAAGAGAACGAAGAGAAUCCGUUGAGAUGUCCAGUAAAAUUGUACGAAUUCUAUUUAUCCAAGUGCCCGGAAAGCGUUAAAACUCGAAACGAUGUGUUCUAUUUACUACCUGAAAGAAGUUGUGUACCAGAUAGUCCAGUAUGGUACUCAACAUCUCCACUGGCAAAGGAACAUCUUAUAAAAAUGCUAUACCGUAUUAAAAUGGUUAAAGAAAUUAAUGUGGCAUUAUUAACUAGUUAAUUUCAUGUUCGCAUAUUUAUCUUCUCUCUGUUCAUUUGGAUAACAUAAUACGCAAAAAGUAAUU